GAGAGAGAGAGAGUGUGUGUGUAGGGGAAGAAUCUGAGCAAAGCCCUCAGCUCGCUUGCAUCCAAGCGUGGGCUUUUUCGGCCGCCGGUUUGCUUUGCCUACCUACCCACGGUGGCCGCUUCCGAAAGGUGCUAGCUAUGGAGAAGCCUCAUAUCAGCCAACGAGCGAGGUCUUCGUCAGGUUCCAGUGAUGAUGGGGGAUUAUCCACCAUAAGGGAACACGCGUUUGUUCUUCGUCGAUGACCCACACCCGUAUGGAGAUUUCUGGCGUGAAGAUGCACAUGCGAAUCCGUAAGCCUGAAGGCAAAUGUCACGAGAAAUCCCACGUGCGAAUGUGUCGACUUGCCAACUCCGCGUUCCGGUUGAUAGGGGAUCACUCACCAUGUCGUGUAUCAGACACAGUGAUCAGACCCCUCCUCCGAGCUGCUGCUUCUGCUUUCUGACCUGAUGACUGAUCUCUUUGCUCGUAACCACCGGAGACCACUUGCCCAUAUCGUCGUUGUUAUAGAAGCCUCUCUCUCUCCAGUGCGGUUGGUU